GAAGUUAAACAGAGCUGGGCUGCGGAGGCCACGUGAGUCCAGCAUGGGGGCUCCUAGUGGGAAAAUCAACCGGCCGAAGACGGAGCUGCAAAAAAAGCUUUUCAAACGGCGCCGUGUUCUGAGCAAGCAGAAACGGAAGAAACACCGAAUUGUGGGAGCAGUGAUAGAUGAGGGACUCAUCACCAUUCACCACCUGAAGAAACGCUCAUCCAGCACUCGGGCAAACAUUACUCUCUCUGGGAAGAAGAAAAGGAAACUGUUGAAGCAAAUCCGCCACACCACUAAGGAGAAAACAGAGAUGCAGGUCGAUGCGUCUCCGGGACCAAGUAAAAGCACUCGGAGCAGAAAGGGAAAGAAGAAGGAAAUGCCUACAGCUUGCCCGGAUGUGGAUAUGGAAGAAGUUGAGCCUGAUCCUGGAGCAGAAAGCUGAGAUGUGUCUCUGAAGUCUGGAAGCGCCGUGUGCAUGUUCAUUCCUCUAGCUUGUUGCACUUGUGGGGCAGGAUGUGACUUGUGGGGCAGGAUGGGACACUGAGGCUGCAAAACCAGAGGAGCCUGAGGGCUUGGAUUUCAAAGCAGUUUAGUUCCAUAAACUCAGAUGUGACUUCAGUUCCUGUUAAAAAUGCAAAAGAGGGGAGAGGUUUGUCAAACAGACUGCAGACGGGUUGAGCUCUUGUGUAUUUCUCUUGACAAACAGAGCUGGGUUGUGCCAGCGUAUGUACGAACAGCAACUAAUGAUUGAAGGAUAUGAUCCUGUGCACUGAAACCUGGGAGUAAGCUUCACUGAUUUCCAUUGAGUGUAUUUCAUGCAUUCGAUUCUGUGAAACACAGGGAGUGGUAUUCCUAUGUCACUCACCAAUCUCGGCUGAAGGGGAAGGAAACAUCUGGUGCUAAAUCCACACGGGGUCAAGACUUCCUGCUUUUUACAUGUUCCAGCUUCAGAAGCUUCUAGAUCUAAGACAACAAACAUUGUUGGUCCGAUAAAAGGAUAAGAGUCCGUUCUGCCCUCUACUGGUUUUCGUUUUCUUCCUGGUGGUGUUAUGGUGAAAAUGUGUUUCUGGAAGGGGAAAAGUGUGUGUCUGGGAUACUGGAAGGGAGUUGAUAGUGGGCUUGGUUCUGGAUGCAAAAUGAACAUGAUAUGGAACGUGGAAUUUCUUCUCAUUUAGAGAGACAAAAGCAGAGUGGAGAAAGCAAAAGAUGGAAAUUAGGCUUUCCCAGUGCUUCCAUUUCCCUUUCUGGUUGUGGCUUGGACCCAUUUGGGAAGCUGAAAAACAACUACGAGCAUCACCACAAAAUCUCUAAUUGGUAGAUUGCUGUUUUGGGUAUCUACUUGUUGGUGUCUGUGGAUCUUAGGUUGUGUAUGACUGGAAAAAAUUUGUUCAUAUUUGUUGGCCUCCUCAGUGUCUCUUUAGUAUGGGUUUGCCUAAUUCAGCCAAUUGUCCCACACAGCUAAUGCUGCUUGAAAUGAAUGUUUUGGUAAUAUCCGGUAGCUGCCUCUUUUUGUGGGGACUUUAUUAUGGAGAUAGAUCUUGUACCGGAACAGUCUUUCAGGAUUCACUGAAGUACACGCCAUUUAAAGUUAUUUACCUGCCUUAUGGCAUAUAACAAAUCAUCAGUGCAAAUGGAUUUUCCAUGCACUUUUGACUGAAGGUUAUGGCAGUGGAAGAAUAAAAUGCUCAUCUCCUGUAAUGCAA